AUGCAAUACGUGCGCUCCUUGUCCGGCUCCGUCUCCAAGACGUGGAACUCGAUCAACCCGGCCACCCUCAGCGGCGCGAUCGACGUCAUUGUAGUCGAGCAAGAAGACGGCUCUCUUGCCUGCUCGCCCUUCCACGUUCGUUUCGGAAAGUUCUCAUUACUCCGGCCCUCUGAGAAGAAGGUUGAGUUCAAGGUCAACGAUGAGCGUCGCGACUUCCCUAUGAAACUCGGCGAGGGGGGUGAGGCCUUCUUUGUCUUUGAGACUUCGUCCAGCGUGCCCGAAGCUCUUCAGACUUCUCCCUUGGUCUCACCCGCCACAAGUCCCGACUUCAAAUCCACCUCGUCGUCUGCUUUAGCUGAACCCGACUCCUUCGACCUCAACUCAUUAUCGGCCACCCUGCCCGCUACCCCCACGUACAACAGAAGAGAGCACGCCAAAUCCAUCGCUGCAAUCAAUUUCAACCCUCUCCAAUCUUCCGAACGACGAGCUCAAAGCGACAACGGUCAGGGCAUCUCCAUCGACGACCAUGCCGACCAGUCCGCCGCUUCCGAAUAUCCCAAACCGCUCCCCGCCCAUCUCCACCGCUCUGCCACCGACGAUGCUGUUCCCGCUGCAAAGGCUGCCAUCAGCGCCUCGAUGAAAACAAGCGACCCAAUAGCCAUGCGCGCUCCCUCUGAUUCUUCUCGCUCACGAACAGAACGCUCAUCAAGUCCUCCCCCUGUCUCUGCCGAAGAGGCCAUGACUAGAGCUAUCAACCUCUCCAAAAAGCUAUGGGGCUCCAAUAUCCCUUCUCAAGUUACCGACAAAGGCGACAUCAUGCUGGACAUGACGGGCUACAAGAGCAGUGAGGACGAAGGCUUACGCGCCGAAGUUCUGGCUAGAAAGAUCCUGUCAGAAGAGCUGGAGGGAAAUUAUGACAUUGGGUCGCUCAUUGGUGCAGACGAGAAGGGCAACCUGUGGAUCUACAGCAGUGAAGAGGCAAAGGAACAGGCCAACAGGAAAGUCGCCCAGGGCUUGAAUGUCCUACAGCCGGCUGGUUUCACCUCAACAGACGCCCUGUCAGAUCCUGGUUACCAUUCAGACGACUCCCGUAGCGAAACGAGUGCCACAUAUCCCGGUUCGCAUAUGCGACGAGACUCUGACAGUGCCGUAGGCCUUUCAUCCGGGCCUGCUUCUCCUCAAGCUGCAGGAGAUCCCAACCGGAAUUACGCCAAAACACUUCGCCUGACUAGCGAUCAACUCAAGUCUUUGGAACUCAAGCCAGGGCCCAAUACUAUGAGCUUCAGCGUUAACCGCGCUACCUGUACUGCUAUGAUCUACCGCUGGCGGUGGGAUGUGCCUAUUGUCAUCUCAGACAUUGAUGGAACAAUCACGAAAUCAGAUGCACUGGGUCAUGUGCUGAACAUGAUCGGUCGCGACUGGACUCAUCUCGGAGUAGCAAAGCUGUUCACAGAAAUUUCAGCCAACGGCUAUAAUAUAUUAUACCUCACCUCUCGAUCUGUAGGCCAAGCAGAUACAACGAGAGGCUAUCUUGCUGGUGUGGUCCAAGAUGGAGGCUUCAAGUUACCAAGGGGACCAACCAUCAUGAGUCCUGACAGAACCAUUGCCGCUCUGCGACGAGAAGUGUAUCUCCGAAAGCCGGAAGUCUUCAAGAUGGCCUGUCUGCGUGAUAUCAUGGCCCUGUUUACUGGACUGGGCGGCAGCAACAACGCAGCCACAGCGGGACCUACAACCUCGGCUGAAAGUAGUACUGGCUUGGUCGGAAAGUCGAGCGGCAAGGGUGGCUCGCCAUUCUACGCUGGCUUUGGCAAUCGUCUGACAGAUGCCCUGUCAUACCGCUCGGUCAACAUUCCCAGCACGAGAAUCUUCACAAUCAACUCCAACGCGGAAGUGUCGUUGGAUCUUCUGUCGUUGAACACAUACAAGACUGGCUACGUAAGCAUGCGCGAGAUCGUAGACCACUAUUUCCCACCCGUGGGUCUACUCGUCAAAGGUGGCGGCGAAGAGUUUACAGACUUCAACUACUGGCGCGAGAAGCCGCUCGAACUUGCAGAUUUCUCUGCUUCCGAGAGCGAUGAUGAC